CAGGGAGGCGACGCGAAUCUGGAAUCACACAUUUCACUGACACAGGGAGAUUGAAGGCGAGGGAGAACGGAGACGCCCGAGCGUUUUUGGAGGCUUUGGAUCGGAGGCGAAGAUCGGGAGACAACUCGAUUGGGCCUUUGUGGACGGAGAACCGGAAUAUUGUUGAUCUCGUUGCCGGUUGCAUCUUGUAUCCUCUCGAGUUGAUACGAGAGAAUUUGCGAGAUUUUUUCUCAUUUGAUAGUAUUGGGCUACCCAGUUUGUGUGCGCUUGCGUCUCUGUGAGUGUAUGCGUCUUUAUGUAGGCGUCGUCUGAAGUUGAACACUAUCAACAUGGAGCGUUCUCUUUUGGAGAUUAUAAUCAAUAAUCAGUCUGGAAGUGGUGAAUCCAUCUUUGCUUCGAUGAAAUUUGCUGUCCUACCGAUAGCAAAAGUGUUUACCAUGUGCUUUCUGGGGUUCCUUAUGGCCUCCAAGUAUGUCAACAUUCUCUCUGCAAAUGGCCGGAAGCUUCUUAAUGGGCUUGUCUUUUCUCUGCUCCUGCCAUGCUUAAUAUUCUCUCAACUUGGACGUGCAAUCACUUGGCAAAAGCUACUGGAGUGGUGGUUUAUUCCUUUUAAUAUAAUUCUGUCUACCAUAUUUGGAUCUCUUGUGGGAUUCAUUGUUGCUUCUGUUGUUCGGCCACCAUAUCCUUACUUCAAGUUCACCAUCAUUCACAUUGGAAUUGGAAACAUCGGGAAUAUACCACUUGUUUUGAUUGCUGCUCUAUGUCGGGACAAAUCAAAUCCAUUUGGUGAUUCUGUCAAAUGUAGCCAGGAUGGGAAUGCUUACAUCUCAUUUGGCCAGUGGGUUGGUGCAAUAGUCUUGUAUACCUAUGUUUUUCAGAUGCUGGCACCACCACCAGGUCAAACCUUUGAUGGGGAAGAGGAGGAGAAGCUUCCAACUAAGCUUCCUUUGAAUAACUCUGAAACUGGGAAAGUUCCAUUGCUGACUUCAAUGGAGGCUGAAUCUACUAGUCUUGAAUCUCCCAAACAACGAAAAAUAAUUGGCAUCCUAUGGUAUAUUGUUGGAAAGCUGAAGCUAAAACAAAUUUUUCAGCCUCCCAUUAUUGCCUCAGCUUUGGCUAUCAUCAUUGGCGCUAUACCAUUUUUGAAGAACUUCAUCUUGACUGAUGAUGCCCCGCUAUUCUUCUUCACUGACAGCUGCCUUAUUCUUGGGGAAGCGAUGAUCCCAUGUAUUUUGCUUGCUCUGGGUGGAAAUCUUGUGGAUGGCCCUGGCCCAGGCAGUAAAAGACUUGGUUUACGAACAACUGCUGCUAUCAUAUUUGGAAGAUUGGUUUUGGUUCCUCCUACAGGACUUGGAAUAAUCACCAUUGCCGACAAGCUUGGACUUUUUCCCAGGGGCGACAAAAUGUUCAAAUUUGUCCUGCUGCUGCAGCACACUAUGCCCACUUCAGUCCUUUCCGGUGCAGUUGCCAGUUUAAGAGGUUGUGGGAAGGAAGCCGCAUCUAUUCUCUUCUGGGUUCACAUCUUUGCUGUCUUUUCCAUGGCCGGAUGGAUUGUUCUUUAUCUUCAUAUACUUUUUUGACACCGCACAGGAUCCUAUAAUGCGACUGAUGUAAAUAUUUGCCCGGCCGAGUAACUAUCAACCAGAUGAUUGCAAUAUGGCAUUCCCAAUUCCACAGAAUACACUGCUUGUCAAAAUAGCUGCUAUUGCUUUCAUUCUUUUCUAUGCUGUUAUAGAUGAUACUCCCAGUCUCCCACAAUAGUUACUGGGAUCUGGGUGAGCCCCGCGACGAAUCAGCCUGCCCUGUACCACAGUUUCAGAUCAAACACCUGAGUGUAUUUAAAUUGGCACAUUUAGGUUAUAUUGGAUUGCAUUGGAACAAUUUGAUUGUUGAACCUGGCUUGUUCAUUUUUCUUUUCUUUUUUGUAUGUCGGAGCAUUCUUACUUCGAAAGUGCUCUACCGGCUGAUGUAUCUGUAUUCGUAGCGGAUUGGGACCCUAUUUGUGGUAGUUUUGCAUACAGCUCUUGGCCUCUUUAUGCUUCCAAGCUAGAUGAUC